GACGGACGCUCGACUCUGAUCCGCGACUUCUGGCACAUCACGUGCUUUGAUCUCCAUACCCAGUUUUUAUUUAUUUAUUUAUUACACAGCUCCGUUUUCAAUCCAGUGAGCAAGAUGUCCCUAAUCACAUAUUUGGCUGUAUGUCUGUUUGCUGUCACGUGGUUUUCCGCCUCUUCAGCAGAAGUACACAGUCCUCAUCACAUGGUCGAUGACUCCACACAUCGUCACGUGAUGAUAUCCAUGGAUCACGAUGGCCAUGACAUGGACAUGGACGAUGACAUGAAAAUGGACAUGGGAUCAAAUAUGUCACAUCACAUGAUGAUGUACUUUCAUUUCUCGGUCCAUGAAACAAUUUUAUUCAAAGCGUGGGAAGUAACCACAGCCGGUGGCAUGGUGGCAUCCGUCAUCGGCGUUUUCCUCAUGGGCAUGCUUUAUGAAGGCCUCAAAUACUUCCGAGAAUACUUAUUCAAGCAAUAUGUGUCUAACAUCCAGUUCUCUACCGUUGCGAUUACGGGAGAAAGCGGGAGAGUGACUCAAGUUCAUAAAGUAGAGAGGCAUCGAAUGCUAAGCUUGGCUCAUGCAUUACAGACUGCAUUACAUGUUGUCCAAAUAAUAGUAAGCUAUUUUCUCAUGUUAAUAUUUAUGACUUACAACGUCUGGUUAUGUCUUGGAGUUGUAUUUGGAGCAGGCGUUGGUUAUUUUAUCUUCGGAUGGAAAAAAGCAUCAGUGGUUGACAUUACGGAACAUUGCCAUUAAUGUAACAUAAUUUUGGACUUCAAACUUUUAAAAAACGUAACUGCAAGACUGUUUGAAGAAUUCAACUGGGUAUGGAGAAUUUGAAUGAUUAAGACAAGGUAUGAUUUUUGCCAAUACAAGUUCCUAACGUUACUCGAGCGGAAUAGCAAUGAUUUUUAUACCAAAACUUUUUUAAAGCAUUCUGAAACAUAUUUCUAGUCCGUGAUGAGGUGUUUUUUAAUGUAAAACAGUUUUUAAAUGAAAAAUUUCAUAUGAAACUUGGCCCUCUGGGAUAAUGUAGAAGGAUACAUGAAAAAAAAAAAGGAAUUUGAAGAGGUGCAAGGAUGAGAUAUUAAAAAUAUCUUGAAGUGAAGUACACUCACUGGCCAAUCAAUUAGAAACCCAAGAUCAAUAUUUUAUUGGACCAACUUUUGCAUGGAUAACUGCUCUGAUUCGUUUGGGCAUCAAGUCUACAAGCUUCUGGAGUGCAUUUACAUCCAGAGAAAGCCAUGCAUCAGCUAUGCAGGUUUUUAAAUCUCGUAAAUUAAAUGGAAGAGUAGAGUGAUGUCGCAUACGUCUUUCCACAUUAUCCGACACAUUUUCUAUGGAGUUAAGAUCUGGACAAUGCGGUAGCCAGAGAAGGUGUUGGAAGUCGGACUGAUGCUCAUCGAACCAAUUUUCAACACUUCUGGCACGAUGUAUAGUUGUAUUAUCAUCCAUGAGGCAUCCGUCGCCAUCAGGAUAAAAAUGCAAAAUUGCAGGAUGCACUUGAUCUGCCAGUAUAUCUAUAGGUGGCUCAUGGCUGUUUGUUUACACUCGAGGAACACCAGGGCACCACUUCCAUGCCAGCAGAGCAUGCUCCAUAUCAUAUUACUCGCUCCAGACCCUUCACAGUGCAUGCAUUCAAAUCUCAAAGGUUUCUAAUUUAUUGGCCAGUGAGUGUAUAACUUGGAAACCUUUUAGAGCUGUGACAAGGGAAAGAAUUCUAAUUAUGAAACACAGUGUCAUGUAGCAUCUAGAAAAGAUAGAAUAUUGAAGAUCAAUCAUUUCCUGCAAAUAUUCAAGUAUUAAGCAUCUGCCAGUUUCGACUUCCAAGCAAUUUGCUUCAAUUGAAACAUAACUUCAUGAAUUUUAUUCCCUGAAUUCAAACCGAACAAUGAAACAUAUGCUAGUGAUAUAAAGAAGUUCACCUUAUUUUAAAUUAAUGUCUUGAUUUCCAAUUAUGCUUGGAAAUACAUAAAAAUGGAUUAUCAUUAAAAACAAAGCCAUCGAACAUUUUUACUUGACAAAGGCCACAGCUGUAUCUUUUCGCAAGGAAGACUAAACUUUUUUAGAAAUGUGAUUAAUAGCAAUAAAAGAAUCUACGAAGUUUUGAUCUCUAUGUCAAUUGUACAUAAGACUGUAUAAAUGUUUGUAAAUUUUAUGAAUUACUUAUAUAUUGAAUGUUUUUAUAUAAUCCAUGUAAAUAAAUUUAUA